GUACAUCAUGACCAGUGAGUUCACUCUGAGUCCCACGCAGACCUUCUUCAGACAGAACAGGUACUUUGGUCUGAAACCUUCUGACAUCAUCAUGUUCGAGCAGAGGAUGCUGCCAGCCGUCACCUGUGAGGGGCGGGUCAUCCUGGAGGGCAAAGGAAAGAUCGCCAUGGCUCCAGAUGGUAACGGGGGUCUGUACCAGGCCCUGGUGGACCAUCAGGUCCUGGAGGACAUGCAGCAGAGAGGGGUGGAGUACGUGCACGUGUACUGUGUGGACAACAUCCUGGUCAAGAUGGCCGACCCGCUUUUUAUUGGCUUCUGUGUGAGCAGAGGGGCCGACUGUGGAGCCAAGGUGGUGGAGAAGGCCCACCCUGCGGAGGCGGUGGGGGUGGUCUGCAGGGUCCGAGGGGUCCCUCAGGUGGUGGAGUACAGCGAGAUCCAGCCGGAGACGGCCUCUCUCCGAGGUCCUGAAGGAGAACUGGUCUACAGCGCUGGAAACAUCUGCAACCACUUCUUCAGCAGGACCUUCCUGCAGGAAGUGGCAGAGAAAUUUAAAGAUCAGCUGAAACAACAUGUAGCCAUAAAGAAAGUACCAUAUGUGGACUCAGCUGGAAAUCAGCUGAAACCAGCUAAAGCYAACGGCAUCAAGAUGGAGAAGUUUGUUUUUGAUGUUUUUCCAUUUUCCAGGAACUUUGUUGUGUUCGAGGUCAUCAGGAAAGAUGAGUUUGCUCCUCUGAAGAACGCAGACGGAGCAGCUUCGGACACGCCCACCUCGGUCAGGACCGCCCUGAUGGAUCAGCACCGCCGCUGGCUUUGUGCUGCCGGAGCCUCGCUGCUGGAUGGAGACGGGAAUGUGAUCGGACCUGAAACCAGUGAAUCAUCACAUCCUGUAAUCUGUGAGGUUUCUCCUCUGGUUUCAUACUUUGGAGAGGGCCUGGAGCUCCUGCUGAAAGGCAAAACUCUCCAAACUCCUUUUGUUCUGGAUGAAAACACCUCCAAAGUUCUGAAGAGUCAGAAAAGUUCAGGAGAGAACUGGAACAUCUGAACAGGAAGUGGAGACAGGAGGACACCUGGAGCAGGUGUUUACCUGUGCCCACGCCCACAACCUUUAUUUUUUAUCAAACUGUCUUUCUAUUCAACAACAAUGUGAAAUCAAUAAAGUUUUCUACAAAUUA